AUGUGUUUGUGUUGGUCAGAUUUUGAAGCGAGCUUCAUCAGGCUCCUUGACAAGGUGACCAACGGCACCAGGAUCGAGAUCAACCAGACGGGAACGGUGUUGUUCUAUCAGCCGGGUUUGCUGUACGGUGGCUCAGUGGAGCACGAGUGUAACAUCCAGCGCUCUGUGGGUUAUUAUCUGGAGGCUCUGCUCAUGCUGGCUCCAUUCAUGAAGACACCGCUCAGAGCCGUGCUGAAGGGCGUCACCAACGACCCCACAGACCCAUCGGUGAGUUUCUAA